UAACUGCCGCUUUCAUCACUUCGUACACGGCGAUUAUAUUAUAGAAACGGGAUAGCUUACAGAUACAGCUGUAUUUGUAUAAGAUAAGAGAAAAUGUCGUCGAAUUUCUCCUCAAACCAGUUUGAGAACACAUUCAUACCAAAAAUGCUGCAGAACUGGUGUGUGCCGAGCACCUCCAAGACAAAGACACCGGCUGCACGGGGGGGGGGGGGGGGUCAUACCUCCUUCAUUGUAGAUGACAGAGGACAUCUUCUCCCAGAAGUGAAGAGGGGCAAUGUGUACCCAGAAUUUAAGGGCACCUGGGAUCUACCUGCUCACAUCCCAGUCAACAUCAACCCCACUGCGCGCUCUGAGGAGGGUCUAAAAAGGCUGAAGCUGUGGGGAUUCUGCCCACCGCAGAGUGGCAAGUCUCUGCUACACAAAGGCACCAAAAGCACUAAUGUUGAUGAGGAGGUCGGUGGGGAUGAACAGCAGGAUGCUCCAUCAUCCACAGAUGAGGCCCAAACAUCGUCACUUGUCCCUCCUGCUACAGGCACUGGCCAAAGUUCAGAGCCAGUCCAGACAGACUCAAGCAGCAGGCAGAUCCAACACCAGGCAUGAAGCUGACAAGAGGAGACCAGCAGUUUAUACUUUUCAUAUUUUACUUUACUUACUAAUGAUUGUGCAUUUCACACAUUGUUUCCUCAUAUUUGGCUGGGGAAAGUCCUCUGCUUCCUCCUUCUUAUGGCUCAACUGUCACUCCAGCACUGAAUGUCUCAUUGUUUUGUCAGCUGAUGGGCAUGACUUCCAGUCUCAAUGGAGACUCUCUGUGUGCUCUCUCUGUGAGCACACAGGUUUCUGGUUAGUACACAUAUUUGUCAGGCAGGGCUUUAUCAGGUUUUAUGUUAGGUUUAACAACAUUUUAGGGCAUAAAGGGUAUAAGAUGAUUACCAGAGCGGCUCUUCUGCACUGCAGAAAUUAAACAUACGGAUAAAAAUUUGAAAGAUGUUAUCUGCCUUUAUGCAAAUGACAUAAAACUGGUUUACAUCAGCGAUUUUCAGAGAACAAGAAUAUUUCAGAUGGUUUUAAGAAAAAAAAGUUAAAAAUAAAAAAGACCAUUUUUAAACUAUGGAACGGGUUAUUGCAGUGGGGAAGGGAAUUAUUCAUUAUUGCUAAUAAAUGAGUCACUAGACAAAUAAAAAAAAAUAAAAAAACUUCGUACACGGCGAAUUUUGACCAAAUGCGCAUGCGCGGUGCAGCCAUUCUUCUGUACAUUAUCAU